CUCUGCAGCGAUGUCCUGGCUCUGCCCAUCUUCAAGCAGGAGGAGUCCAGUUUGCCUCCAGAGAACCAGGACAAGCUGCUGCCCUUCCAGUACGUGCUGUGCGCCGCCACCUCCCCCGCCGUCAAACUGCACGACGAGACCCUCACCUACCUCAACCAAGGUCAAUCCUACGAGAUCCGGAUGUUGGACAACAGGAAACUGGGGGAGCUGCCCGAGAUCAAUGGGAAGCUGGUCAAGAGCAUCUUCCGGGUGGUUUUCCAUGACCGGCGGCUGCAGUACACGGAGCACCAGCAGCUGGAGGGCUGGAGGUGGAACAGACCUGGGGACAGGAUCCUGGACAUAGAUAUCCCGAUGUCCGUGGGGAUCAUCGACCCCCGCGCGAACCCGACCCAGCUCAACACCGUGGAGUUCCUGUGGGACCCGGCCAAGAGAACCUCGGUCUUCAUCCAGGUAAGGGACAGGUGGGCAGUGCCCCACAUCCAGGUGAGGGACAGGUGGGCUCCGUCCCACAUCCAUGUGAGGGACAGGUGGGCAGUGGCUCACAUUAAGGUAAGGGACAGGUGGGCUCUGUCCCACAUCCAGGUGAUCAACAGGUGGACAGUGCCCCACAACCAGUGCUCGCCCUGGCCCGAGGUCACCUACGUGCCCAGCGCGCCCUCGCCCGGCUUCAACAGCGCCCACAGCGGCUUCUCCCUGGGGGAUGGCAGUGGGUCCCCGAGCCACCAGCCCGACCCCCCCACGCCCCUGGCUGACACGCUGCUGCCCACCUGGAGCCCGCAGGAGGCGCAGCAGUGGCUGCACCGCAACCGCUUCUCCACCUUCUCACGGCUCUUCAGGAACUUCUCAGGGGCGGAUCUGUUGAAGCUCACCCGUGAGGAUGUGAUCCAGAUCUGCGGCCCCGCCGACGGCAUCCGGCUCUUCAACGCCCUCAAGGGCAGGAUGGUGCGGCCCCGCCUGACCAUCUACGUGUGCCAGGAGUCCCAGCAGGUGAGGGACCCCCAGCACGAGCACGAGGACGGUGACGGCAGCGCAGGAACCUUCUUCGUGUACCACGCCGUGUACCUGGAGGAGCUGACGGCGGCCGAGCUCUCGGAGAAGCUGGCGCAGCUUUUCCGUGUCCCCGCCCAGCAGAUCCAGCAGAUUUACAAACAGGGACCCACCGGCAUCCACGUGCUGGUCAGCGACGAGAUGAUCCAGAACUUCCAGGAUGAAUCCUGCUUCGUCCUGGACACCAUGAAAGCCGAAACCAACGACAGCUACCACAUCAUCCUGAAAUAGGGGCCAGGUGAGGGACAGGUGAGGAGCACCUGCAGCCUCUCAGCACACCUGGACACCCUCCACUCCCAGCACAAGGACACAGCAGAGAUCUGGGAACCCCCAGGUGUUGUUACCUGGCCGCCCUCCUCGCAGGGAACACCUGGAAAGCCUCUGGAGAGCCCCCAGGUGUGGUUACCUGGCAGCCCCUCCCACAGGUGACUCCUGGCAUGGACAGGAUGCUCCAUUGCUGGAACUCUGGGGCACCAGUUGUUCACCCACCUGAGACAGGUGUGGCCUCCAGGUGUGUGCAGGUGCGAAGCGAUCUCAUAAGGUCAUCAAGAAUUCCAGAUCCAGAUUUAAUUAUGGAAAAUUGGAGGAUAAAGGAAUAAUUUGGGGGUGGGGGAGGGAGGAGACAUUGCUGCUGUUUUGGGGGAAAAAGCAAAGAUUUCGCAAUUUCUGCUGAAUGUGUGAAGUGACUGAAGCGGCUCCGGGCAGGGUCCAGGUGAGGAACCUGCCCAGGUGUGGGAGGUUCAUCCCCAGAUCCCUCAGACUUGGAUGCUCCAGGGAAUACCAGCCUCAGCCCAUUGGCUGUUCCAGGCAAAAAAAUGGGGAAAAAAGGACAAUAUAAACCAAAUAUUUCAAUAUUUGAUUGAAAUAAAGCCGGGGUGGGAUCCAGGUGA